GCCACAGUUUUCAUAGACUCCCCUUGGCUCUGCCCCUCACAGUCUGCAGUCUAUCGCGAGGCACAGGCCAGUCCCGCUCCACAAGGACUGAACGAGAGCGGAAAACCAGCCCAGAGAGGGGAAAGACACUAGAGUGCACACAGGAUUCGCCUGGCCUCGAGGCUCAUCCUCUCCCUCUCAGGGGCCCUCACUGCCCCACCCCGGGGGUGCCAGUUGCAUUGCCAUCUGUGGAUGGCGUUGUGCCAUGUGGCAGCAGCCGUAUUCCAGCAUCCAUUCUACUCAUUCGCUUUCCAAGCCUUCCUCUCUGAGCCCUUCGGUGACCACCCUUCAUUCACAGGAUGAAGUCUAAACUCAGCUGGUCCCGCAGGGCCUCGUGCUGUCCCACUGCCACCAUGCCGGAAGUCGAGAGAAAACCCAAGAUCACUGCCUCCCGCAAACUCUUGCUGAAGAGCCUGAUGCUGGCCAAGGCCAAGGAAUGCUGGGAGCAGGAGCACGAGGAGCGUGAGGCUGAGAAGGUGCGCUACCUGGCAGAACGCAUCCCCACGCUGCAGACUCGAGGUCUGUCCCUCAGUGCCCUGCAGGACUUGUGCCGGGAGCUGCACGCCAAGGUAGAGGUGGUGGAUGAGGAGCGAUAUGACAUCGAGGCCAAAUGCCUGCACAACACCAGGGAGAUCAAGGACCUGAAGCUGAAGGUGCUGGACCUCCGCGGGAAGUUCAAGCGCCCGCCCCUGCGUCGGGUCCGCGUCUCGGCUGACGCCAUGCUCCGGGCCCUGCUGGGCUCCAAGCACAAGGUGUCCAUGGACCUGCGGGCCAACCUCAAGUCUGUGAAGAAGGAAGACACAGAGAAGGAGCGGCCUGUGGAGGUGGGCGACUGGAGGAAGAAUGUGGAGGCCAUGUCUGGGAUGGAAGGCCGGAAGAAGAUGUUCGAUGCCGCCAAGUCUCCAACCUCACAAUAGAGGCCAGCUUGUUGUGCUGUGCUCUGGGCUCCUGCUUCAUGCUUCUUCUCCAACCCAGCUCACUCACCUCUCUGCCCGUGUCCAGAGCAUCCCUCCCCACCCCCACUUCUUCCCUCCAGCCUGCAUGCCCUCCUCAGGAACUGGGAACACACAGAUACCCAAGAGGCAGGACAAACGUGUCUGAAGACCUCACCCCGGCAGAGCGGGCUUCCAUCCAUCCACAAGGCUCCUGGGGCUUCCUGGCCACCCCGUGGUGUCACAAGUGGAGGAAGAGGAGGGAGUGAGAGCAGCUUUCCUCCAGCCCCGUGCCACACCCCUCCUAUGAUGUGUACAGUGUCCACAGGCAUCUCAGCCUCUUCAUUAAAAACCCAGUUUCCCGGUCAU